AUGUCCAACGUCCCCUCUGCCCUCAACCCCUCGGGCCAGGGAGCUCGUCAAUCAGGCCGUCAAACCCGAACAAAUCCCUCCCGAGUAUCCAAAAACACUGGACGAUCUUCGUUCGGAUUCGGCCAAGCCGCGACGGCCGAGAUUCCCGCCACAAUUCCUGAUGCUCAUGGCUUCUAUCCUGCCCUCACUCAUUUUACCGAUGCGAUUACCGCUCUACCACGCGAGUUCCGCAGACACAACUCUCUUUUGAAAGAAGUAGACGCUAAGGCGUGGGCUCUUGAGGAAAAUUUGCUACAACUUCUGCAGCUUGCCUCAGAGUCGCAACCAGUUCCUCAUCCUUCUCACCCAGCACCCAUAGUUGGCGGUGUGUUGCGUGAGCAUGUUUUACCCACCGAACUUCCUCCAUCUUCCGAAUCACCGGAGAGUAAAAACCGUCGACUACUCUUCAAUCGCGUGCGACAAAGCCUUUCAGACCUCAUGAUGACAGCCGACGAGAAGAACCAUGUCAUUUUUAACGCGAACGAUGAGCUAGACCGCCAAAUGAUGAGACUAGAUAAUGUAUUCCCAUACAUUGCUGGUGAGAUCAGUGAGGAAGCUCGUCUGGGUAACCUUACUCACUGGGCAUACUCGAACAAAAAUACCGCGAAGGCCGCGACUAACGAGCGGCCUCGACGGGAAGCCGUAUCGCAGAGGCAGGACCUUACGCAUGUGCUUCACGAAGCUGAGUCUGCUAGUCGUAGUGAAGCGCGACGCGACGCUGUAGCGCGGCGACAACGUCGGCAAGUUGAUGCAGACUAUGAAGACUCUCGUAGUGUUCGAAAACCCACUGCCGGGAAGGCGCGCGGUGAGAAUGCCGCUGAUCCGAACGCUGUGCCUAAGCGUCGCAAGGUGGAACGGCCUCAGGCGUUAGAUAUGGGCACGCCGAUGGAGCGUUCUGCCAGUGGCACUGGCAGCCAGAGAGCUCAUCCGAAGGAACCUGCUGAAAAGAAGCGGGCUCGAGCUCCAAAUACUAAUGCUGCCAGUCGCAAGAAGGUCAACAUUAAUUCUAAUGCGGGAUCACCUGUGUUGGCACCAUCUCCACUCAUCGGGACACUCAAUGCCCCACGUGGUGCUGCGAGCCCUGGGCCCAAUGCAGCACGACCGCCAUCUGCUCGAGCCCAGCAAUCCGCUGGACCUGGAAGCUCCCGACAGCGGCCGUCAUCUUCGGCGUCCAACCGCAUUGGUCAUCCAAAUUCUUCUAAACCUUCCGAUCCGAGAUCUACACCACGUGAAGGGCCCAUCAAGCAUGAAACCGGCAUUUCAGAGCACCGCGACUUCGAGGGUGAGACCGGAGGCCGAGCCUCCGCACUAGCAGGCGCCAAGCGUGAAGACAUCGACCGAUCCGCCGACUCCCUUGAAGUCGAACCAAGCAAAGGACGAACAUCCAAGACAGCAACGCCUGUCCUUUCUUCCCUGGCAGAACCGACACAGUCCCGCUCUCGACCUACGCGGAGUACAGAAACAGCACCCGCCAAGCGCGUCACCAAGAAAACGGCAGUACCAGUCCCCACUAUCCAAUCCGACGAAGAGUCCUUCCACGAAGGUGACGACGAAGAUGACGAGGGCGAACCCCGAUACUGCUACUGCAACCAGAUUAGUUUCGGCGAGAUGGUUGCGUGCGACAAUGACGCCUGUCCACGCGAGUGGUUCCACCUUUCUUGCGUGGGCCUUAUCAAACCCCCUGGAAAGAAUGUCAAGUGGUAUUGCAAUGAGUGCAAGGAGACUUUACGACGUGGUCGUAAUGGGCGGUAG